CCUCCAUCCUUCCAUAGCUAAUAAUUGAAGCUCAAAACUCAGAAAUCUGUCUGUAUUUAGAUGGAGAUAUUGGGGAGUAUUAGGGAUUCCAUUUGGGCGGUGGCUGUGGUGUGUUUAGCCGUAUGGGGAUGGAGAUUUUUGAACUGGAUUUGGCUGAGGCCCAAGAAGCUUGAGAGGUGCCUCAGAAAGCAAGGAUUCGCCGGAAAUCCUUACCGGCUUCUCACCGGCGACAUGAAGGACAUAGCCGCCAUGAGGGAGCAGGCCAUAUCCAGCCCCAUGAACUUCUCCCAUGAUAUUGCUCCACGUGUCAUCCCCUCCAUAAAUCAUACCUUCCACAAAUAUGGAAAGAAUUCAUUCAUGUGGAUUGGACCAUAUCCAAGAGUGCACAUCAUGGACCCUGAUCAACUCAAAGCUGCAUUCUCUUUAAUGCAUGAUGUUCAAAAACCGUCUAUCAACCCUCUUUCAAGGUUGCUUUUCGAUGGACUCACUGAUCAUGAAGGACCCAAAUGGGUUAAGCAUAGAAAGAUAAUCAAUCCAGCCUUUCAUUUCAAACAAUUGAAGGACAUGGUGCCUGCAAUGUGUGAGAGUUGCACUGAGAUGAUUAGGAAAUGGGAAGAAGUGGUCUCAAAAGAUGAAUAUUAUGAAUUGGAUGUGAUGCCUCAUUUGGGAAACUUGGCCGCUGAUGUGAUUUCUCGAACAGCAUUUGGAAGCAGCUAUGAAGAAGGAAAAAUGAUCUUUAUACGUCUAAAACAACUUAUCAAUCUAGUCGUUAAAGCUACAUCUACGGUUUACAUACCCGGAUGGAGGUUUGUACCAACCAAGUCGAACAAUAUAAUGAAAAAGAUAAGCAAAGAAUUAAAAACGUUGCUCAUGGAUGUUAUCAACAAAAGGCAAAGGGCUAUGAUGGCAGGUGAAGCUAUGCAUAAUGAUCUAUUAAGCAUCCUCUUACAAUCAAAUUUGAAAGAAAUUCUAGAGCAUGGAAACAACGAUGUCGGAAUGAGUAUCGAAGACAUAGUAGACGAGUGUAGAGUUUUUUACCUUGCUGGCCAAGAAACCACAGCAAUGCUACUAGUUUGGACAAUGGUUUUAUUGAGCUCAUACACAAGAUGGCAAGAUCUAGCAAGAGAAGAGGUCCUACAAGUGUUUGGUAACAACAAACCAGAUUUUGAUGGUUUAAAUCGCCUAAAAAUUGUUACUAUGAUAUUGAAUGAAGUCUUGAGAUUAUACCCACCACCAGCCUUGAUUUCUCGUCUAGUUCAAAACGAAAUAAAGCUUGGAAAAUUGAGUUUUCCAGCGGGAGUGAUGCUGAGUUUUCCAAUUAUUCUUAUCCAUCGUGAUAAGAAUCUAUGGGGUGAUGAUGCAAAUGAGUUUAAUCCCGAUAGAUUUGCUGAGGGAGUUUCAAAAGCGACACAAAAUCAAGCUGGGUUCUUCCCGUUUGGAUGGGGUCCUCGCAUAUGCAUCGGACAGAACUUUGCCAUAAUUGAGGCCAAAAUUGCUCUAUCCAUGAUUCUACAACACUUUUCUUUUGAGCUUUCUUCGUCUUAUAAGCAUGCUCCAACAUCCAAUUUAACUACUAGACCUCAACAUGGAGCUCAUAUCAUGCUACUUAAACUUUAGUCAUGUAAACAAUGUUGAAUGUUGGGAUAUGAAGUCUGAUGACUAUUUAUAGUAAAGAUCUGGUGAGAUAUACGUUAUAUAUUUUGUAAA